GCCAUGGGGACCUGUAGGGUGCCUUAGGGACCCAUUAGGAUACUUAGGAUACCAGGGGGACCCAUUAGGAUCCAUAGAGUGCUAUGAGGACCUGUAGGGUUCCUUAGGGAUGCAUUAGGAUUUAUAGGGUGCCAUGGGGACCUACGAGGCUCCCUAGUCCACCCUUGCGUGCCAUAAGUAUCCAUAGGAUGCCAUGGGGACCCAUAGAGGCCACACCUCGAACGCUGUGUUCAGUUUUGGGCCCCUCACUGCAGGAAAGACGUUGAGGCCCCAAUGUGCAGAGAAGGGCAACGAAAGUGGUGAGGGGUCUGGAGCACAGGGCUGCUGAGGAUGCCGAUGGCAUGGAGAGCAGAGGAACGAAGGGAGAGCAGGCAGAGGGGGGCCGACGCUCCCAGCCGGGCCGGGCAGCCACCGCCUCACAAUGCAUCACAAUGGGCCUCAUAAGCGCCGUCAUGGCGUCGCCGCGACGACGUUUGUGACACGGGCGCCCAGGGGGGUAUAAAGGCGGAGUGCGGCGGCGGGUCCCGCAUCCUGAAGGAGCAUCUGGCCGAGAGCAGACGCGUCCGCAGGAGGAGCUCCAGCAUGGCUGGCGCGAACGAGGAGCGAGCCGCCGGCACGAGGCGGAACAGGAGGAGUGAGGCCGGCCCCGCAGCGGGGCGCGCCUCCGGACCCAUGGACACGAACAGCAAAGAGCGAGUCGCCGUCUGGGAUGCGGUGGCCGCCUACGUCCGGGAGCAGCUCGUGGCACACAAGGGGGUCUGGAUUCCCACCUUUGGCUCCUUUGACACCGUCUCCAAAGACGUCUGGACCGAGGACGGGACCGUGACUCUGCGGUGGCCCGUGUUCCACCUGGCCGCCAACCUCAUGGCCACGCACCACCUCAAGGCCCGCAAGGAGUCCCUGCCAGUGCACAGGAAAUUGGAGCCGCUGAGAUAUAGCAGGGCGGCCGCAGGCGCCGCCGUGAGCUGGCAGAGCCUGAGGACUGGCAUCCAGAGCACCGUGUCCCUGCUCUCCGGCUGCCUGCAGGACGGGCAGAACGUGGCCGUCGUGCUGAAGGACGUCGGCGUGCUGCUCAUAGACGGGCUGACGUUCCACAUGAGAUUCUACUAUGGCUUCCUGGAGCAGCUGUCUGGGAAAGAGGAGCUCAGCAGAGCUGCUCUCAAGGCCCCCUGGCUGCUGGACGCGGUGGUGUCCCCGGCGGCACCGGUGGCCUCCCUGGCGCUCUCCGGCUGCCUCGUCGUCUUUCCCAUGUUUCACAUGGAGUUGGUGCCCAAAGCACCGCCCACAGUGCGCCGCAAGGCCUCAGCGAGCCUCUCUGGUCGGCAGAAAACAAAGCAAGACGAUGCUUUGCCACCUCUUGCACCUCUCAACCAGGGCAAGAAAGUGAGAUUUGCUGCCCGGCCGACCUUCAUCAAGCGGCUGAGCUCGGACAGCAUGGAUGGAGGACGGCUCCGGCGGAUCAGGAGCUUGCUGCUGAAGGAGAGCUCCAAGGCCAGUCUGCUGCCGCCGAUCCGGCCGCUGCCCGAAGCCCAGGAGCAGCCGGUGAGCUGCCAGCCGCAGGGGGAGGCAGGAACGUGGAGCCAGCAAGAGCUGCGCCGAGCACCGGGAGGCAAACACGUGAGAUUCCCCGAGGAACUGGGAGCAGGAAAAGCCCAUUGUGCGGGUGCGGCGCGAAUCCUGCCGGCGGCCAAGCACUCGCCCUCUCAGAUCACCUUGAGGACAGCAGCGUUCCAAGGAGGUUCCCGAAGAUCUGCCUCCAGGGCUGCGUUCACAGAGCCGCACGGCAGAGCAUCCAGGCUCCCGCUGGCGUGCGACUCGGUGAGGCUCCUCAGGCAGAGGGUGAGGAAGAAGAGGGCGGCGCAGGAAGCGCUGGAGUGGGCGGCAGCAUCAGCGCCUCGUGCGGAGCCCAGGCUGCCCGAGGAGCCUCCCGUCCGCCGCUCUGGAUCGCUGCCGCCCAUACGGGAAGAAACAGAGGCUCCCGAGAGUCAGGCCGCACAGAGCGAGGCCCCCCCCCGCAGGAGGUGCCCCACGCUGGCCAUGCUGAUGCGGGCAUGGUGCGCCCAGUGCAGAGGCCGCAGAACUGAGGCGUGAAUCCCAGCCGCAGCGCAUCUCCGACGCAAGCGGGCUGCCCAGGGCCCCGUCCAACAUGGCCUCCAGGGACAGGGCGCCCACAGCCUCCCUCCCUGGGCGUCCUGUUCCCGCAGCUCUGCGCACAGCGAUCUGACCCGACGUCCCAUCUUCCACUCGGCACCGCUUCCCUUGGCUGACCAUCAGCCACGCCAUCAGAGCCGACUCCCCUCCCGUCCGCAGGCUCCCUUUCGGGAUGGAAGGCUGCGACGCCGUCACCCCGCAGCCUUCCCUUCUGCAGACCAACCGAGGAGACCUGGAGCGAAAUGUCGAGGGGCAGAACCAUCAAUAAACAUCCUUUCAACAUCCCCA